ACCAGUGCACCGGCGUGGGUCUAGUGUGUCUGACAGCAGUUUAUCUCUGCACAGUGGAGUUAAUACAACAAUGUUGUCGUUUGAAGAUCUGAUGACAAGUCUUCAGAACUGUGUGAUCACCGAGGAUCAAACACCAGAAACACUCGGGCUCUUUAUUGAUAAACUAUCUGAAUCCUCCAGGAGUAGUGUGAAAAGAUGCAAGGAGCGCAGUUUAGAGGAGGCUGUGCAGUUGCUGAGAAAGAUUUCAGAGACACAGCUUCAUGGUUUAGAGGAGAGUCACCUCCUGCUUCUUGUCAGACUCCUCAUCUCCUUGCAGCUGCAGAUGGUCAACAUCUCCACAGCCUGUCGAAAAGUAGACCAGAUGCUGCAACACCUGGCAAAGGUGGACCACCAACUGGUUUUUAGAGAAACCCAGCUGUGUUUGCACUCCAUAACGCAGACUGAUCAGAUAUUGUCUUUUGAGGAUCUUCAGAGAGCCUGUAUGUUCCUGGAAGACAGCACUGUAGGUCGAGAAGUGUGGCGAGAGUCAUACCUGUCCUUUAUAAAUAAAGUGUCUGAGUUAUUCCCUGUUGUACUGCAACAAGAAUCCCUGAGAGAUGGACCGCUGUGUUACAUUGCUGUUAAGGUGUGUCUACAGAUAUUUCAGCUGUUGUCCAGUGAAGUGGCUCCUCUAGUGUGGAAGGAGGAGAAUGAGAACCAAGCGGUGCAGAAGAUCCUGCAGGCUCUUAUGGACAUAAUCCUCGGACAGUGCUGCAAUAGGGACACUCGUCUCCUGGCGGGCACUGCUGUGGCCAUGCUGAUCAACACAGCAUCGGAGAGCAGAGCUGCAGGUGCCGCUGCCUGGAGUCUGCUACAGGUCUCUCAUCCAGAGCCCUGGCUGCUGACUGUUGGUGGUCUUCAGGUGCAGUGCCGCCCCACAGGGAAGGACGGAGUGGACAGGCUGGCUAUGAGCAGGGGCCUCCUGACCUGCUGCCGACCUCACAUCUUGCUUGCUUCGCAUGCGGAUGCCACGAGGUGUCUGCUGCUGGAUGGUUUGUUUCCUCUGGUCUUUGCUUUGUGUGAGGAGAAGCUGGACUGUCAUCACUUUGCCUUUGAAGUGUUAACACUAUGGCUGAAGAAAGUCAAAGAAUGUCUGGCUGAUAUUUGGAAGAUGACGGGUGUUCGUCUUCUGCCGGACAACAGCAGCCUGCAACAACAACUCAUUCAUGUGAUUUGGACCAAUGCUGAAAGCCCAGUGGAGGGCGUGUCAGAAUUUGUGCGCAGUUGCUUUUGUCUGCUGCUGGACGUCUAUCAAAUGGACUGUGAGCAGUUUGGUGACAUAAAGAAGAUUCUUUAUUUAAAUCUACUUCAGCGAAUAAUCAAACUCCCAUGGGAAGCCAAAGCCAAAUAUCAUCGCCUUUGUGCUCUUCUUCCAUAUCUGGGUACUGACAUGGUGCUGGAUCAAUAUGGUGAAAUACCCAAUCAUCUCCUGAAGUGCCUGUCAACCAAUCACCUGUCACCAUGUGGAUCAGAGCUUUACAAGUGUCUGAUCCAGCAGCAGAGGCGAGAGCUUUGUGAUGGCUCGCAAAAGUCAGCUGAGUUGGAUCUGGCCAAUCAGUGGGCAAGACGUUGGCAGCCUGUCCUUCUUGAGGCGCUGACUUCUGAUGUGACUCUUCUACAGAACAACAGCUCAACACACUUACUGCCCUGCACCUUUCAAGUAUUCCCCUCUGCUGUGGAGCUGCUGCUGGCCUCCCUGGACCCGUUUGCCCCCGGCCACCUCCACGCCUGGGCCUGCAUCAUGAGUUCCUACCGGGCCACAACUGGAGGCUCUCCCUGGGCUCUGCAAGGCAGCUCGACCCUUAAAACCCUCCAGCUAGCUCUAGGAUCUGCGGAUGACAAAGUACGACUUGCUGCUCUCAGCCUCCUCUGCUGCAGCCCAAAGACCAAAGAUACUCCAACUUCAGAGGAGCUGUCAAUAAUGAGGACCUUCAUCCCUCAGAACCUGAACUGUGAGUCCUCGCCUUUUCGCCAACAUUUUCAGGCAGGAGUGAAGAAAUUUCUGGUUCGUAUCAGAGAUGGCUGCUUGGCACAUGUCAGAGGACCAAAGGGCAAGAAGAAGGAAGAUGCCACCAUCUUGGAAAGGGCACAAGAAAUGCUGGACCAGGGAAUAGGUUUUGUGGAAUGGUUGGGUGAGCUUCCUUACUGCUAUCUGGCACCAGGGCACAGCUAUCAGAGGAAAAAGACUGUGUUGCUGUUGCUGUCUGCAGUGCUGGAGACCUGCACAGACACCUGGAGCCCCGACAAAAAAAAGGGACAACCUCCAGUGAACAUGGGGUCUCUUAUUAACUGUGCAAGGCAAAAAGGAAAGUGGGAUUUCUUCUGCAAGACAAAACAGCUGGUCCUCAUCAGUUGUUUAGAAGAUUCUACAAACGAGAUUCGGGAGCUUUCGGCAGGGUUAUUGUUGAGAUUUUUCCCACCAAGUUUUCCAGAUGAUAUCGCUGCUGUGCUGCUCACACGAACCAAACAGCUCCUGUGCAGUCCUCGGGUGCAGGAGGCUCAGAUGGGAGCGCUGAUGACGAAGAUUCUCCUUCAGAAAUCACAAGACCAGUCUGAGGACUGCGGGCCGAACAGUAACAUUAAUGUCAACUGUGGAAGCAACACAAAGGCCUCCAGCUUUGUUAGACUCCUUGUGAGGGAGCUGGAGGAGCACUACCUCACAGCCAAGGCUGACAUGAUGCUUGCUGCCAGAACCAAGCCUAUACAUGGUGUUCUGAGUGCCCUUCAGAGGUGUUUGCUUGAGGCACCCAGAAGCAUCUUUGACACACUUGGCCACAGUCUGACCAUUGAGGUACUGGGCCUGCUGGAAAAUAUCUCUCUGCUUCUGCUGGGUGUGUUGUGUGGAGACACUUGUGCUACUGAGAAGGAUGCCGCCCCUUCUUUUUGUGAUAUGGGGAAUGCCAUCAGCUCUCUGAUAGCCCAAGCAUCUGGAGGAAACCAUGGGGAUGGAGAGGAGUGUGUCUUGCUCUCUGAAGAACACAGCCUCAUUCUCACCUGCUGCUGGGUCUCUCUUAAGGAAAUUGGGAUCUUUUUAGGUUCUCUGGUGGAGAGAAUUCUUGCCGAAUCCAAACCCAACAAGUGCCUACUAACAAAAGAAGAUCUAAUAAAAGCAUCAAAAGUAUUCAAAAAUAUUCUUCUCAAAUGCCGUCACUGGGGGGCAGUAGAGGGAUGCUGUGUAGGUUUCACCAAGUUCUGUGCCUGUCUACUCAGCAGCAAUGAUCCACAUCUUAGGGAUAUCCCAGCCCACAUGCUGAAACAAGGAUUGCAGGUUGUGCAGUCCCCUCGUUCUACUUCUGUGACCCGGAGGGCUGCAGGGUUGCCUAUGCUCAUCCUGUGUGUCCUGUUAGCAGAGGAGGCCAGUAAAGCACGGCCACUUUUAUCCCACAGUAUGCAAACCUUACUGGAGACAGCCAGAACCCCUCUACCUGACAGCUGGGACCAGACACUGGACCUUCCACAGGUGUGUGCGGUUCACACUUUGCAGGCCCUGGUGCGUGGCUCUGGGCUGGGUGUAGCUAUCCUUCAGUUUGCCCCUGCUGUAGCCAUCUUGUCUCUCACUCUGCUCAGUUCUCCCUGCUGGGCCAUGAGGAAUGCUGCUCUACAGCUUUACAGUUCUCUUUGCUCACGAAUGCUUGGUCAGCGGCCCAGCAGUGAAGAGGGUGGCCCUACUCAGCACGGCAUGUCGCCCCCUGCCUUCUUCUUCCACUACCCUGCGCUCCAACCCUUCCUUCUUGCAGAGCUGAGAGGGGCAGCACAUAACCUCCAGGGUCCACCUGAGGAGGCCAGACUUCGCCUGCAGCCAUCACUCUACCCUAUUCUUACUCUGUUAGCCCAACUGCAGCCUGGCGUCCAAGACUCAACUGAAACAUUGUCAGACUUCCUGCCUCCUUUACUGCAGCUGUCUGCCAGUCCCAUUUACAGUGUGAGGGUGAUGGCCUCGAAGGCUUUGGUUGCCAUGACUCCCCCCUUAGAGUACAUGAACAUCCUCAUCAAACUGACAGCUCAACUGCCCAGUCCACUGGAUCGCUGCUGUCACAACCGGCUCCACGGACAGCUGCUGCAGAUCAAAGCUGUUCUAGACAGAGCUCUCUGCACAGACAGUGCCCGUUCAGCUGACCUAUGCGAGGUGCUGAGCAGGGUGGAUGCCUCGCUGUGGCUUGCAACUGAAUCUCAGCGCUGCCCCCUGGUGAGAGCAGCCUACCUGGCCGUGGCAGACUCACUGAGAGGAUUCUGCUGCGAGACCUACCUGUCAAAGCUCUAUGACACACUCAUGUGUGAGCUCCGUACACCUCAAAAGGGGCUUCAGGUUGGACUGUCUUCCUUCCAUCAAAGAGCCGUUCAGUUUCUAUGUGCAGACCAGAAGUGGGCACGUCAAAUCUGGGACAACUUUUCUGCAGCGAGCCCUGAUCUGAGGCUCACAUUGGUCACGUGGGUGGUUGAUGGGCGAGGUUUGCAGCAGACCAGUCUGAAAGAGGUGAUCCAGAGGGUGUUGCAGUCAAACCUGAGGGAGGCAUUGUUGAGCCACUGUGUGGAGUACCACAGGACCUACCUUGCAGCCCUGGCGGCAGUGAUGGCUGGAAGUGAUUCUACUUCACCCCGAUGUCCCCCUCAGUCGGCUCUGCUGGAGGAGUCGGUUCUGCUCGAGUGUCUGGAUUUGUUGCUCGUUGACCUGGAGGAGCAGAGAGGCGGGCCAGAGUUCCUGUCGCAGGCGCUGUAUGCUGCUAAUCUACUGCUUUCCCAGCGAUCAGACUCCAGUUUUAAGAUUUCUAUGAUCCAGCGUUGGUGUAGUGUCUUGGAAUGCCACCGCUCUCCAGACGCCACCGAAGUGCUCCGGAUGGCUUGUGCUGAAGCUCUGUGUGUAGCUGGAGUCUCCCUAAUGAGCGGCAGCCCGAGAGAACACAAAACCCUGCCAGACAUCAUGAUCAGGUUGAUCAACACAGGCCUGUAUUUGCUGCAGGACCAAAGCCAGCUGGUGAGGAUGAGAGCGGCCUGUUUCACCUCCAUGUUGCAGCAUGCCAGAGGAGGAAGCCAGAAGAGCGUCUACCUUAUGCAGGUCAACCAGGCUCUGCCGUUCCUACUAGACUUGCUGCUGGAGGAGUGCUGGGAUACGCCUGGCACUUUGGAGGUGCUGUUGUGUCACCUGACUCAGCCUGACCUCAGAACUGUGCUGAGAGAGGCCUCAGACACGAGGUGUGCCAGUCUUUAUGAGCAGGAUGAGGCCAACGUGUUCGCGGAGCCCUCUGUGAUGUCUGCACAUGUGUUGCCUUACCUACUGCGGAUGGCUGAAAAGUACUCUGAAUCCUCUGCACUGGCACAAAGCCUGAUUGCAUGGGCAGAGGAGAGCGCUGCACAGGUGCUAGACAGCCUUACAGUGUGCAAAGAACUCCAGCCAGCUGACACUCUGAACUCGGCCUGGCUAUCUCUCCUCAUGGACCCCCGCUUACACAGCACCCUGUGUGGCCUGAUAACCAGGGCUGCCUUCCUCCUCCGGCUGUUGAAAACAUCUGAUGACGUACGACACCUUUGUGAUUCUUCAGCACUGCAUGAGGCUGUGCAGGAAGUUUGUAGUCUUCUCAGUCAGAGCGGUGUCCACUUCCCCACUGCUUUAACAGCUGCUGUGGCUGGAGACCUGCCACUAUGACAGUACGGAGGAGCUUUUUCCGUACGCUCAAUGAGCAAAGGCUUUUGGCCCAUGAGGCAGCGGAUAAAAUUACCUGUGGAUAUUUCUGGACUGUCUAUGACAUCUACAUGUGCAGCUUUAGUGUGAAUGAGUAGUGCAACUGCUGAUGCUGCAGUACACCAGCACUUGGCAGACUGAGUAAGUUAUGUAAGAGCUCAGUGGCUGCACCCAGUUGUAUCCAUCAUCAUAUUACCUAUACAGAGUAGAGACCCGUUAGGUGGAGAACAGUGUAGAACAUUUCCUCACAACCUCUCAUGGCCUCUUUUUUGCUACAAUCCUUUUAACAAAGACAGCUUAUAAAAUGAAAUGAAACUUUUGAGGCUUUAUUCAUUUUUUUUAAUAAACAGUUUUAAUAUAGGUAGGAUUGCCCCCUACCUGGACAGCCCCAGGUCUGUCUGUAUGCUCAUUCUCAUUCCCAGAGCUGACCUCUGUUAUUCUGUGUUGUAUGUUCAUGUCUCAACUGCAACAGUAGCCACGUUCAGACUGAUGCAGUGAUGUAAUGCAACAGCAUCUGGAGAAAUUGGCUACUUGGUGCCCAGCAGGGGAAUAUAGUGUACGGUUUAAUGCCCCAUUAGAGGCCUUCUGCCUCAAUAAGUGUCCAUUUUCCAGCCACAUGAGGGCUGAAGAUGAUUGGGUAGAUCUGAUAAAGAGCUGGCGGUUGCUCCGCAACGCACCACACACUAGAGGAGUCUUACAUCACCACAGAGCUUUUGUUUGAGAUAGAGGGUACAGUACAUGCUGUGGUUGGUCCAUUUUAGGCAAUUAACUAAAUGUACAUUGAAGUUUUUGACCAUCAUGUGAUGGUUUUAUUUCCUUGGGGUAUGAUAUUGUUAGUGCUGAUACAAUUGUCAGAAUAUAAGUAUGGGAACAACCAAUAUAUCAACAUAUGACUGUAAACAAGCAGAUUUCCACUUUUUUUACUCUAAUUUUUACUGUACCACUUUUUUUUUUACUGUACCGUUCUUCUGCACGUACGUACCUCUGUAUCAGUUCAGGUUUCCAUUGUGUUUGCUUGAAGCAUUGUAGUUUUGAGCACAUAGAUUAUGCAACAGCUAUGACAUAAAGCCUGUGAUAAUGAUUCAUACUUAUAACUAGUGCAGUGUAUUUCCUGAUGACCCACGCCAAAAUGAGCACCUGGUGUGUACAGCUCCAUGAGAUUAACAUGCACCUCAAAGGACGCUACAGAUGGUUCUUGUUGAGAACAUGAAUGAACAUAAUACUACAUCAAGAUAAUGACUAAUAAAUUAAAAUUGUAGGGCCAACUGUGACGUACAUCAUCAUUAAGUGUGUUGAACUAAGCCAACCUACACAACAGUAUAUAUUUAAGGCGGGAGAAGAUGGCGGCGUGUACAGAUAGAGCCGCUCUUCAGGGAUCAUUACAACUUUCACACUUACUCUACUUUUGUUUUAACUGUUUUAACUUGCGCAUAAAGGCUCAGGGACUGUGAUGCAUAAAUGUUAGUGUUUUCUAGUGUCACUUAUUUUUGCACCUUGAUCCCAGAGAAAUGCUCUCUCAUUCUGCCUUACACAGAGAUAUAUGGUAAGAUGACAAUAAACUUGGACAAUAAACUUGAUUUGAUUUGA